ACGGAGUCCAUGCACUAAAUAAUUCAAGCUCCCAUUCCCCUUCUCUUCCACCGCUAACAAGAUGCCGGCCGUACAUCACAAACUGCUCCUGGAGGACGCCUUACAGGACAGUCCUCAGACUCGUUCCUUGCUCAGUGUGUUUGAGGAAGAUGUUGGUAUGCUCACAGACUACACCAACCAGCUGCUACAAUCGAUGCAGCGUGUGUUUGGAGCUCAGAGUGAGAUGGGAUUGGCAACAGAGCAGCUCUCACAGCAGCUUCUGGAUUAUGAGAAGAAAAAUUUUGCCCUUGGAAAAGGUGAUGAAGAGGUUAUCACCACGCUGCAGAACUUCGCCAAAACUGUAGGGGAGCUGAACUCUCUCCACUCUGAGCUAGCCAACCAGAUGGCUGACAGCAUGGUCUUCCCCUUGAUCCAGUUCCGAGAGAAAGACCUCACAGAGAUAAGCACACUGAAAGAAAUAUUUGGCAUCGCCACUGAUGAGCACGAGGCAGCUAUGGUCAAGUACAGCAGAUUGCCCAAGAAGAAAGAGAACGAGAAGCUGAAGUCAGACUUGGUGAAGGAGGUGGCGUACACCAGAAGGAAGCAGCACCAGGCCUCACUGCAGUACUACUGCGCCCUCAACGCCCUGCAGUAUCGCAAGAGAGUAGCUAUGCUCGAACCCAUGCUAGGCUACACACAGGCACAGAUCAGCUUCUUCAAGAAAGGCAUUGAGCUGGUGUCAAAGAAGAUGGAUAACUUUCUCUCCUCUGUGUCCAACAUGACACAAAGUGUUCUGUCUAGUAUCCAGACCCAGCUGGACGCAGAGGCAGAGGUCAUGCGUGUGUCCCAGAGGGAGUUUCUGUCAGUGGAGGACACUGUCUAUAUGCCCGAUAAGGACAGUGAGCCCGUCAAUCGCACGCUUAUCCAGAAGGCCGGCUACCUCAACAUUAGGAAUAAAACAGGCCUAGUGACCACAGCCUGGGACCGACUGUACUUCUUCACCCAGGGAGGAAACCUCAUGUGUCAGCCGCGGGGGGCGGUGGCGGGGGGCAUGGUGCUGGACUUGGACAACAGCUCUGUCAUGGCCGUGGAGUGUGAGGACAGACGCUACUGUUUUCAGAUAACCUCACCCUCAGGAAAAACGUCAAUGAUUCUACAAGCUGAGAGCAAAAAGGAAUAUGAAGAAUGGAUUUGCACGGUGAACAACAUCUCCAGACAGAUCUACCUGACUGACAACCCAGAGGCUGUGGCCAUUCGACUCAACCAAACCGCCAUCCAGGCAGUCACCCCUAUCACCAGCUUUGAGAAGAGACAAGAAGGGUCGCCUAACCCUGACAGAGCAAAGCCAGGAGGUAUACAUGCUGCCGGCAGCGGUUCCCAGAAGACGGGGGCUGCUCCGGAACCAGAGGACCUGAUAGCCCCCGGCACGCCAAUUCAGUUUGACAUCAUGCUGCCAGCCUCCGAGUUUCAGGACCAGAACAGGGGCGGGGGGAGACGCACAAAUCCAUUUGGAGAAACGGACGAUGACUGUUCCACAGAAAGUGACGACUCCCUCCUGCAGCAGGUAUUUGCUGUGCGCUUCCUGGGUUCCAUGGCGGUGCGCUGUGGCAACAAUCAGGAAGUGAUCUAUGAGGCCAUGAGGCAGGUGCUGGCUGCUCGAGCCAUCCACAACAUCUUCAAGACUACAGAGUCCCACCUCAUGGUCACCAGCAGUAGCCUCAGGUUGAUUGACCCUCAGACUCAAGUUACAAGAAUAAGUUUCCAGCUUGGAGAGGUGUGUCAGUUUGCGGCCCACCAAGAGAACGGGAGGCUGAUGGGAUUCGUGGUUGAGGGCAGUGAUUGGAGUGAAGGAGAUGAAGAGGGAGAGCCUUCGUUCAGCGCCUUCGUCUUUGAGAGCAACACAGAGGGCGAAAAGAUAUGCUACACCAUAAGCUUGGCAAAGGAUAUUACAGAAGCCAAGAAGGACCCUGAGGCUCUGGCUCAGCUGAUGAAAAACAUGCCUCUAACCAACGAUGGUAAAUUCCUUCUGCUGGAGCCUGAGACCAGCGACACGAGUGACGGAGGCGGACAAGAAGACCUGGAGUCUGAGGCCUAGCCCCUGUCAGGAAGAAAAAAAUAACAAAAACCCCACAACCAAGACCAGGGCCACGUUCCGACUUUUGCCCAGGAGAGGAGGCUUUCCCUGGAUAAACGUCUCAUCAUGACCCCUAGCUGUAACUCUGGUACUGUAACACCCAUAUUAGAAAGUGUAGUUAACUUUCACCGACCCUGAUUUAUUGCAGCUUCAGUUUUGCUGCUGUAGUGAAAGAAAGCAGAGAACUCUGGCAGGGGGUUGCCUCGACCAAAAAGCACAUCUCCUGGGCACUCCCAUUAGAUCUGCUUUUCCAAGUUCACAUUGUAGCAUGGGUCUUUAGAUUUGGUACUGAGUUUUGUCUUUUUCUUACACAUCAAAAGGGACACCAUAUAGGUACUGAUCGUGUUUCAUUGUCUUCUAAUUUCCCUGGCACUUUGGCAGAAGUUGAUGAAUCAUUUGCUUCAGAUUAGGUUUAUAUUAGUUUUUUGGUUUACAUAGUUUGAAGUUUAUUCCUUUACCUUGUUUUACAUGUUAACUUGUAUGUAAGGCUCUUACUUUAUGCAACUACUUUGGCGUUAUUUCUUAAUUAUUCAUGUAUGUUGCACUUUCCGAGGUUAAUAUCUGUUUAAUAACAUUUGAUGGCUACAGAAUGCACUAAUUGAGAAACUUAAAUGAUUUAACACUCUAAAGGCUAUGAAGGACAUACAAAAAUAAGUAAAUAAUGAUGUCAGCUUAUUUUUUAUCAGAAGGAUGGUGAGUGUUGCAUAGCUUAUUAUCGUUACUCUGUGUGAGCCAAUGUGUCUUGAAGCAGUGGAUACAGUUGGCAUGAGUGAUUAGGCGAAACAUUUUUCUUCUCUCUGCAGUGCUGUUGCACAGAUUUAGCAUUCUGACUAUCUUACACAUUGCCACGAUACUGAAUUAAUGUCAUAUUUAACAUAAUUCUUUGCUACUUUGUUUCUUAUGAUCUGUAUGUCAGGUCCUCUAUGAGCAGCCCAAAUAUUCUGUAGUGAAAUUAAAAACUACUCUGCACUCAGUAUCUUAAAAGCCUAUGUAAAUAAGGUCUGUUCCAGUGUCUAUAUGAUGUUUAAUCAGUCAGCUGCAUUAAAAGCUUUCAGAGUCAAUAUGCUAGGACUGAUGCGGUGCAUGAUUAAAUAACGGUGUUCUCUCUCAUUCCAUUUGCAGAAGAUUAAAACCUCAACACUGAGCACUGAGCUGUAACACUAAAAGAAAAUCCACUGCAAUGGUACAGUAACACAUGAAGCCAGGCCACAGUGAGGUAUUAUGUACUCGUUGAAAAGCAAUUUGUCCUUUGCUCAUGCAUAUGAACGCUAUCAAAACAGAAGAACGAAAGGAAAAGCGAUUGAUCCGUGAAAUUCUAUCCCUCCCAUGAUAUCAUUGUGCAGAUUUUUUUAGUUUCAGCCCAUUUGAGCUUUAACACUAAUUUCAAAAGGACAGUGAAGACCCGUGACGGACUGUGUGAAUGUGACGUGUUUUGUACUGUGUUAUACUGAUGAGGUCAAAGCCGCUAACUUGAUGUUGAAAGUUACUUUGUGUGGACUAUUGCGUCUGCUUGCUUGUUAUACACUACAUCAAAGACAAAGUGUGGAUAUUUCUACUGGUGAAAUAAUUAGUAAUGAUCAUGUUGGAUUAUUCACAUUGUGAUGGAAGGAAUUAGAUCAUAACCGUUUCUCUUUUUAUUGCUUGAUGUAAAUGCAUAUUGGCAGGUCUUCUGACGCUAUAAAGAAAAUAAUGUCAAUAGACUUGUAUCCUCCUUCCUCUGGUGCUGGUUGAGACGUGUCAAUCACACCAUCAAUCAAACUAAAUAAAGUAUACAAACAUGCUCUAUACACUAACCUAAAAAAGUCAUGUUUGAUGACCUACACAAGCCGAUACCUGUGUUGCUUUGAUUGAUGGCUCAGUUGCUAAAAAGAAGCAAAUCCUUUCACGUGGCCUGCUGCAGCCUGUUAUACUUCUUACAGCUGUGCUGCAUAGUCUUGAUAUACUUUUUAAGUAAUGCACCGUCACAUAAAACCUAAGAACUCAAGAUGUUGAAAAUAUGUUUCAGUAAUAAAGAAAGGACUGUUUUCUCCCUCUGUCUUUUUGUAAAUGGCUCAACUUGACAGAAUCCACUACCCAUAAGCUUUGCACUUAAUCCUAAUUUUGUCCUUAUUUUCUAAAAUCCAAAUGUUAACAUGCAAUGUUUAAUAAAUAUCAGUCAUUUCUUUCUUA